AUUUCAGACUACAACUCACAAGUAAGCUGUUGACAAGAAAACACAAAAAGUUAUCUACGUAAAUAAAAGUCGGACAUAUUUCCAAGUUUAAAAGAUUAAAAGAAGAUUAAUAUCGUACAAAAUGAAAAUCUUAUCCAUUAUAUUGCUGUUUGUUUGUAUUGUCGAGGGAGCUCUUGACGAAGAAAAAGGAGAAGUCGAAGCAAGAGGAAAAGCAAAAUACGCCUUAUUGAUUCAUUUCUUCUAUGUGGCGGCAACGAAGCUAUUCGUUUUGAAGGUGGUCUACGGGAUAUUGUUUUACGUUUUGCUAUCAAAACUAUGGCACUUCGGACUUUGGUUCAUACACUAUUUGAAAGAGAAGAAACAUCAUCAUGUCGAGUACAUUGAGCAUGACCACGAGCCGUUUCAUGGGCAUUACGACCAUGGACCGAGCCAAUACGACCCUGUACCUUAUGCUUACGAUAAAUACGCCGUUGUCAAUUCUGGGUACACCAAAAUGAAUGGACACGAAAAAUACGGUUCGUUGGGUAUUUACAAGAGCGGUGUCUAUGAUUCUGAUGGAUCUUACUCUGUUAAAAGUCGAUGAAAAAUAACUAAUUUCCUUAAUUUAUUUAAUUUAUUUGUACGUUAAUAAUUAUUUGUGAUAGUUAUAAUUUAAGUUCACAGAAUAAAGAGUGUUGACGAAUCAAACGUCGCGUCAUACAUUGAUGGCUGUGAUUGGACAACGAUGACGUCAUAUCGCACGGACCAAUCACAGAUCAGCAAACGCAAUAGUGGCACCAAUUGUCAAAAUUUAAAAUUAUGACACACAAAAAAAAGAUGGACGCGCAUGUCAAUUGUAUUUUGUAAAAUAUAUAAAUGUAAUAUUUAUAAUGAGUAUUUGAAGAAGUAAACGCAUUUAUUCAU